UCAAAUAUUAGUCCAAUAAUAGAGAUGGACGGCUGAUUAGAUACAUUUUUUUCUAUUGUUGAAAAAUUUAAAUAGAUAUAAAUUUGAAUAAAAAUUGUUAACAUUUAUUUUAUUAAAAUCUCAUUGAAUAGUGUAUUCUGCACACUAGAAUACUACGUGCAAAAGUAAUAAAAUCUUAUUGUUUAUCAUGUUCAUGUGUUACGUGAUGCGCGCUGAUAAUACAUAACCUUAAAAUAUAGUCGAUUUUUAAAUGAGAAAGUACUCCUGCUAUCCUUCAAUACUAUUUUGAUUUAUACUAAAUAAAAAUAAUAAUAAUAGUGUAAAAUAAUCAUGAAAACGCAAGCAUGGGAAGAACUGGAUGUGCGACUAAGCGAUUCUGUGUUAAAGACACUCAAGAAAUUAAAAUUUGUUAAUAUGACACCAGUUCAGGCAGCCUGUAUACCAUUAUUAUUGAGUGGUAAGGAUGUAGCAGCAGAAGCAGUUACAGGUAGUGGAAAAACACUUGCUUUUCUUGUCCCUUUGUUGGAAAUAUUACAGAAAAGACCAGAGAAAUGGAAGACUAUGGAAGUAGGCGCAAUAGUAAUCAGUCCAACAAGAGAAUUGGCUACACAGAUUAGUGAAAUUUUGGGAGAGUUCUUGAAAAGAAUUCCAUCACUGAAACAAGUAUUGCUGGUUGGAGGUGUGACACUUCAGGAAGAUGCUGAAAAAUUGAAGAAAGGGGUGAACAUCAUUGUUGCUACACCUGGUAGAUUAGAGGAUAUUCUAUCUAAUUGCACAUCUAUACACUUAUGUGUAAAAUCUUUGGAACUUCUUGUGUUAGAUGAGGCAGAUAGAUUAUUGGAUUUAGGUUUUUCUACAAGUUUAGACAGCAUAUUGAGUUAUUUACCACGCCUCAGGAGAACAGGACUAUUUUCAGCUACACAGACAAAAGAAUUGCAACAAUUGAUUAGAGCAGGGUUAAGAAACCCAGCCUUAAUUGUUGUAAAAGAGAAAUCCAAUGUUUCGACACCUGUGAACUUGAACAAUAAUUAUAUAAUUGUUCAACCUGAAUACAAGUUAUCAAUAAUGAUAGAUUUUAUACGCUCAAAGGGAUUUCAGACAAAAUAUAUGAUUUUCUUGUCCACUUGUGCAUGUGUGGAUUACUUCAGUCAAAUCAUACAAACAUUGUUGCCAUCGAUAAAUGUAUUAGCUCUACAUGGUAAAAUGAAGAGCAAGAGGUACAAAGUGUUCGAUCAAUUUCGGAACGCCAAAAGCGGCAUUUUAAUAUGUACAGACGUAAUGGCUCGUGGGAUCGAUAUAUCCGAAGUAAAUUGGGUAUUGCAGUACGAUCCUCCCUCCACAGCUAGCUGUUUUGUGCACAGAUGUGGUAGAACUGCUAGAAUCGGCAAUGAGGGGAAUGCAUUGCUAUUUCUUUUAGAGACCGAGGACGCGUACGUAGAUUUCAUCAAAAGAAAUCAAAAGGUAGAAUUGCACAGAAUAGAGAAAGAACCGACCAAGAACACUGUGGAAGAAAGCCUGAGAUAUAUGAGGGAUCUGCAACAGAAGGACCGACUUAUAUUUGACAAAGCGAACCGCGCGUUCGUUUCUUAUAUACAGGCGUAUAAUAAACACGAGUGUAAUUUGAUUCUUCGAUUAAAGGACAUCGAUCUGGGAAAACUGGCGAUGGGUUUCGGAUUGUUGAGAAUGCCAAAGAUGCCUGAGCUCAAAGGAAGAGAUGUGUCGUCCUUCAAUGGGCCCAAAAUCGACGUGAACACGAUAGCCUACGCGAAUAAACAACGUGAAUCGCACAGGAUAGAAAAAUUGACAAAGUAUCAAAGCACUGGCGUUUGGCCGAGCAAUCGUAAGCAUAGACAGAAACAAACGGAAGCAUGGUCGGAGGCUAAAAAGAGAAAACUCGAGAAGCAAGAGAAACAAAGUAAACGGAAGGAGAAGAAGAAACUGAAACAACAGCUCUCAACAGUCUCCGGUAAAAAGAAGAGAAAACGGAUAAACGAGGAAGAUCUCGAGGAGCUAGCGAAAGAUAUAGCGUUAAUGAAAAAACUUAAAAAGAAAAAGAUCACUCAGGAAGAGUUUGAUACAGCUUUUGGAAUCUGAAGGUGGCAGGUGUAUUAACACACAAGCCAUAUAUGAGAUGUGCGAAUGAAAAUUCAUUAAUAUUUUUGUUGUACAUAUACAUAUAUAUUUUUUUUAAUUUUUAUUCAAAAUAUAUUUUGCACACACACACACACCUUGAAA